UCGCCCAUUUAAGCCGCCCACUCCGCAACCGUUCGCCGCCGCCUCCGACCUCCAUUUCUCUGUUUCAUUUAGAGGAAGGAGAGAAGAAUUCCAGCUUCCUCGACCUCUCUCUUGCUUCCAUUGCACAGCGAUCCGUUCUGCAUUAUGAAGAUGGAAUACGAAGAGCGAUACCGACAGAUUCAGAGUCCUAAAUAUGAUUGCCUUCUCUUCGAUCUUGACGACACGCUCUACCCGUUGAGUUCCGGCAUCGCCGCCGAGUGCCGCAGAAACAUUGGAGAUUAUUUGGUUGAGAAGCUUGGGAUCGAGGAGAGCAAGAUAUCGGACUUGUGCAAUCUACUGUACAAGAAUUACGGGACGACGAUGGCUGGCCUGAGGGUAAUCCGAGAACGCAAGCUGCUCUUCUUUUUUGCUUACGUUUCAUGGCAGACUUUGUUCUUGUGCUUAUGCCGACGUUUUCCUUGUGUUGCUCAGGCCAUCGGCUACAGCUUCGACUAUGACGAUUACCACAGAUUCGUUCAUGGAAGAUUGCCAUACGAGAAUCUAAAGGCCGAUCCUGUGCUCGGGCCACUCCUCCUGAGCCUUCCGCUUCGCAAAGUCGUAUUCACGAAUGCCGACAAAGCGCACGCUGCCAAAGUGCUGAAGAAGCUGGGAUUGGAAGACUGUUUCGAAGGAAUCAUAUGCUUCGAGACUCUGAACCCACCGACCUUUUCCCGUGGAACGGAAACCUCAAGCGAAGUCUUCGACAUCGUCGACCACUUCGCUCGUCCUGUUGCCGGAGUUGCACUGCCGAGGACACCGGUGCUGUGCAAGCCAUCGCCGGACGCCAUGGAGCGCGCUCUCAGCAUCGCCAACAUCGACCCCCACAGAACAGUUUUCUUCGAUGACAGCGUGCGGAACAUUCAGGCGGGGAAACGCAUCGGUCUGCACACUGUGCUGGUGGGCACUCGGCAUAGAGUCAAAGGGGCUGAUCACGCUCUGGAGAGCAUCCACAACAUGAGGGAAGCAUUGCCUGAGCUGUGGGAGGAAGCAGAGAAAUCAGACAGCAUUCGGUACUCGGGCAAGGUUGCAAUGGAGACAUCGGUGACAGCUUAGUCCAUCAUCAUCAUCAUCAUGAUCAUCUUCCUCUGGAGUUCAUGUGUACCUCGCACAAUUUGUAGCUCAGCUGUGUAGAACGAGCACCCAGAAAUAAAAACUUCUACCUCCUUUCUGUCUA